AAUGAAUCCAAAUACACCAUUCAACGAACGAUUUGCUAAAAUUUCUGAAAAACUCAGUUCAAUCUAAAUGCAUCAUGAUAGUUCCAAAGCUCAUCGUAUUGAUGUUAUUUGUGGACGUGUAUCUGGUGUAGAGGAGAGAAUACAAGAUACAAUUACAUCUUAUAACAGAAAAUUGGUACACAUUUGUAUCUCAUUAUAGCAUUCUCUUAAGGAUGAAAUAGUGAGAUUAUAAAAAUAAAUUGAAGAAGAAAACAAUGCUUUUGAGACACAGUUUGAAUAAAAAGUGAGAGAAAUUGCUGCUUUUGAAAGUCGUAUAACGACUAAAUUGGAAUAAGAAAUUUCAAUUAGAAAGGAUGGUAAUCUUAAAUUAUAAGGCUACUUGGAUGAAAAAGUAGUAAUCUUUAAUAAACAUAGGUUGUCUAUUUAAAAUCAGAUAUUUAGACCGAAAGUAAAAUUAGAUAGGAAUAAAUUGAAAAUAUCACUAAUUCUUUAGAAAAUGAUUUACCAAAAUUAUAUGAUUUGGUGAAGUCAGAAGGUUAAGAUAGAGAAGAUAGUGAUAAUGGCACUUUAAGAAGGGCAGGAGAUGAAAUCAAGAGAUUAAAUGAAGGAUUGUCAAAUUAAAAGAAAUUAAGGUAUAUAUAUAUGAUAUAAAAUAAAAACAGAGAGGAAUCUGAAGCUGCAAUAUUUGAAAUGCUAAAAGAUUUGGUUUCAAGAGUAAAAAGUGAGAUUGAAGAGGAAAAAAAAUUAAGAGAAGAAAGUCAAGAGAAUUUAUUAGGUUUGCUGGAGGAUGCAUGUAAUAAAAUUUAUAGAGCUGCAAAAGAUUGAU